AUGAAAUGCUACACCUGCCAUAUUCCAGGGCAUUUUGCUCAUGAGUAUCCCAAGCCGAAAAAGAUUGUAGACUCAGGGGCCACCGACCAUGUAAGUCGUGAUCGAGAAGCGUUUGUGGAGUUUCGAGUCUCACCUGAAUCAAGGUGGAUAUAUGUAGGAAAUAAUGCAAAGCUUGAAGUCAAAGGAAUAGGCACUUGCAAAAUGGACUUGCGUGGUGGCCGAUCUUUGAUGUUGCAUGACGUCCUAUAUGCUCCAGAGAUCCGACGUAACUUAGUAUCUGUGUCUGUUCUUCCAGAUCUUGGUUUCGAUUUAAAGUUUAGAUGCAAUGGUGUUAGAAUUACUCAAGACAAUGUUUUUUUAUGGUUUUGA